AUGUCGUCCGACCAGUCCGCAUCUCGGCCAGGCGCAUCCUCGUCGUCAGCUCAACCGCUUGGCGACGAGUCUCCACCCUCGCACGUGCAGCCGCCAGAUCAGUAUGAUCCUCAGACAUAUAGCACACUCUCCUACGCUGCCAAGGGCAAGGCAAGAGCAAGCGACGAAGAUCUUGCUGCCUCACUCGACCAAGCAACCCAGCACGUCCAACACGCCUUGGAUCAAUUGACCAUCAGCGCAACUCAGCAGACAUCCCAAUCGGCCGAGCCCACCCGCCGCCACACCAGAAAGGGUCGUGAUGCCACUUCCCGCUCCUCAGCGCCGAGCCCCCUGCGCUCGCCCCCGACCACCUCGCCAACCACCGGCGAUGCCUCGCAGUUCGUCUCUCUCCUCGGCCAGCCCGUCGCCGUGUCCGCCUCCCUCUCCGCUUCCGACAAGCCUUCCACCACAACCGCAUCCGCCGCAUUGCCAUCAUUAUACAAGGCAAGUCGCGGCCGAAGCGCCAACGUCAGCCCAAGUCGAAGGUGGGAUCGCAGGGGCGCCAGCGCAUCGGUACUCAGCGGCGCCAGCGCAAGCGGCAGUGGCGGCGAAGCCGACGACGCCAGCGAGGAAGAGUCUGUCAUCCCGCAGUCGCAUCGCAGAGUAGCCCGUCCGCUGCAUCGCUCCAGCCCAUUGCGCAACAGUCAAGCCAUCAACGGCAAAUCGUCACGGCAUCUCUCUAUCGCCAAGGAGGAAGCCCUCUUCCCCUCGGACGAAGACGACUCGCCCCUUCUCUCCUCCACCGAAGACCUCGACACAACCCACGCCAACCGCAAUGCACAUCGCCGCAGGUCUCGUCGAUGGUCCAGCAUCGAGCGCGAACGCAGGCGCGGCAUGCGCAUUCUCCUGCAGCAACGCCCCUCCGAUGCUCAAGACUCGACUUCGCCACCCACAUCACGCCUCAAAUCUUCCUCCCGUGGGCGUACUCGUCAAUCUAGCCAUCUCAAUCGCACGAGCGACGACGACGUAUCCGACCUCGAGUCGUCAUCCCCUUCCAGCUCUGCAAGCAGCUGCGAGAUCAGCUACGUUCACAGCGCUUCGGACACGCCGGCCAUCGACAUCAAGGAGCGCUCCUCUCGCUCCACCGGCCAGUGCGAGGGCGUCGCCAACGCCUCCACUGACGGUGCCUCAAGUCACGACAACCCUCCCUCUUCCACUGACGGAAGCGAUCGUCCCUCGCCCGCCGUGUCGACCCCUUCCACCUCGCUCGUUCAGCGAAGUCCGCCCGGCUUCACCGCUCUCAAGCCACUGGUACCCAUCCCCGUCACGUCAGAGUCUGACCCUCUCGGUCACAUCGUCCACAGCAUCGAGGACAUGAUCCAAGUAGACAAGGUCGAAUUUUUCCCCGAAGAGACCAUCGCUGCGCAGCACUCGGCAUCUCAGACCAAGCGGAGGACGUCUCCCAAGCACGUCAAGAAGUCAUCCUGGAUCAUCGGCGAUUUCGAGAGCGAGCCCGAAGACGACGAGGAGCAAGCUCCAGGGUCUCCGCCACAGAAUGCGAGUCCCGUGCGCGGUCAGUCGCUUGUCCGUGCCCACGCCGCUGGCACCUCGCCGCCCUCGCCAUCAGCAAGCAGCUACCAGGCGCGCUUGGCCGGCCUCCAGAGCCAGCUUCGCAUCUGGUCGCGCGCGCCCGAUGAGGCCGCUGCCCCAAGAGUGCGUCAGACGUCUUCUGGCUUCGAGGACAUGACCGAGGCAGAGCCCGAGCCUAGUCUGCUAUCUGCUAGCUGGCGCAACCUCGCACGCCUGCCCAACCUUAUCCUACUGCCCGGCUUAGCCGCCAGGCAAGCUAGGGAGUCGCUUGCCUCCGCAGCCAAGGUCUCGGGUGAUGCACUCGCUAGCCCCAGCAAUGAUCGCCACCUGACCGCCGCAGCGGAGAAUGACUUUGCCCAGAUCUACCGUCUGGCGAGUGCCGCAAGCGCGUCCGACGAGCAAGGCCUGCAGACGCAACGCAAGGUCGCUCUCAAGACCGGUCGCCCACCCUCGCCGUCGCCGAGCCCAUCGCCACCGGCAUCCUUGCACGGCUCUCGGCAGAGCAGCAACGACAGCAUCUGCACCACCGACAAGGGAUCACACACGCACAAGCUCGACUCCGCCAGCCGUCGGGGUCGAGGCGUAGCGUCUUUGCCCGAGGCCGACCGUGAUCCGUCGGCGUACGUGUCUGGACUCGGCCAGCCGAUCGACCCCGAUACAGAGCUCUCAUCCGUGGUGCAGCUGCAGACAUUCCGCAGCCGCAGUCGCAGCCGACCAGCCGCUGGCGUCGGAGGCCGCGGCCGAGCCACCGAUCGACCGCACAAGGAUGCUCAGCAUCCAGGCGCAGAUGGCGACAAACAGGCUGGUGCCACUGGCGCUACCUCGCCGCGAAAGCUCGGGCAGCCGAUCGAGCUGCAGCCCGCAGAGGAAGGCAGAGCGACGAACCAAGCAUCGCGGCCGCACAAAGCCGAGCGCCCGUUGCGAUCUGUCCGAGCCUCGCCUGGAGAGGGACUCACCGUCGAUGUUGGCGGUGCGAGCGCAAAAGGCUAUGACCGUAACGGCUUGGAUCGCCAGGAUCCCUUCUCGCACGGCCCUGCCCCGACCGACACGGCAUCGGCACCAACGUCGCCAACGUUCCGCAAGGGGUCGUCUUCCUCGGCUUCCAGCGCAGACGAAGCCGAUGUCACUCCGCCACGAUCGAGAGCCGCCGACAAGGCCGGUGAUAUGGCCAUCGACUCGGAUGGAUUCCGCGUGGUGCGCCGAAGGCAUCGCAGGACGUCUUCUGGCCCGAGGUCGUUGAGGCCCAAGGUGGAUGCGCCCGUGCCGCACGGCUUUUCUGCCUUUGACAUCAAAGAGGAUGACGAGAAUGCCGAGGGAUCCGACUCGGACGGCGAUGUCACGCCGUCGCCGUCCCGCACUCGUUCGGGACGAGGCCGACGCGGACGCGACACCUCCCCGCGCCGAAGCAGUCGGCAGUGCGCGGUGGGUCUGUUUGGCGGCGGUGUUUCUGCGGCAGACUCGGCUUCUUCCCGAGGUUCCUCUUCACGGCCGCGUCGGAACAGCCGUCGGGACGGAUCGCUGAUCAGCGUGUCGACGCCCAUUCGCAGUGUCCGCUCUUCGCCCGAUCUAACGUACGCGGCUGCGGCGGCCACGGCGCGAGCCAAUGGCGCCGAGGCCGAGUCAGAGCAAGGCGCAGGUGACGAUCCCUCGCCGCCGCGAGGUUCGCGAGGUCGACGCGGUGCGGUGAAAGUGGUCGCGUCGUCGAUUGGGCAGCAGGGCGCGUCAAUGGCGCAACCGCUGCUCAUCGGCGGCCUGGACGGUCUGCGCCGCGGCCCAUCCUAUCCGCCGCGUGCCGAUGAGAUCCUGGACGAGACUGCCAGUGGCAUCGACGGCUCCGACGACGAAUCGGCUGCCUCGCAGCACAGCGCGCCGAGCGGACGCGGUCGAAGCGCGUCGAGUCCUGGCUGCGGCGGAGGUGCGGCGCAGGGACUGCGGUUCCGCUUACUGAGCAACUCGUCGCACCUGCUCAUGCUCUCGCUCGAGCUCGAUAUGAUCAAAAAGCAGAAGAUCUCGGCACCUCUCAAGCCGCGCUGGGGCAAGCACCGCGCCGACGACUUCAACCCGCUGCCCUCGACGAUCGCCUGCACGUCUUCCGCAGCGCUGUUUGCUUCGUCCCAGUAUCUGCGUGCGCCGUUCUCGGCCACAGAGGGCACCAACUGCGCUGAUGAAGAGUGUGGCGGCUCGACAUGUGGCGCGCCCGAGAGAAUCGCAGUGCCCGGCCGCUCGUCGCGCACGUCGCUGGCUGCCAUCCACACGCUCGGAGGCGGACUGCGCGACCCCAGCAGCCGUCUGCGCUUCUCGUGGAGCCUCGCUGACAUCGCCGCUGCCCUUGAAGCCGCCCCGAGCGAUCACUAA